GGUGUGUGCGUAUAUAUAUAUAUAUAUCCAAGAAUUCAACUCUUUCCAAGGCCUCGGCAAUUAGGGUUUUGGGAACGCAGCACCGCAUUGUCUCGAGCACGCGCAGCGGCAUCCGAAGUCAUGUCGAGGAGAAAGACCAGGGAGCCUAAGGAAGAGAACGUUACUCUUGGACCUGCCACCAGGGAUGGUGAACUUGUGUUUGGUGUGGCCCACAUAUUUGCAUCCUUCAAUGAUACGUUCAUUCAUGUGACUGACUUGUCUGGAAGGGAAACCAUGGUCCGCAUUACAGGUGGCAUGAAGGUCAAAGCUGAUAGGGAUGAGUCAUCCCCUUAUGCUGCUAUGCUUGCUGCUCAAGAUGUUUCACAACGAUGCAAGGAAUUGGGUAUUAAUGCCCUUCAUAUCAAGCUGCGUGCCACCGGAGGCAACAAAACCAAGACCCCAGGACCUGGUGCUCAGUCUGCACUCAGAGCCCUUGCACGUUCAGGCAUGAAGAUUGGUCGCAUAGAGGAUGUCACACCAAUUCCAACAGAUAGCACUCGCAGAAAGGGUGGCAGAAGGGGAAGGAGGCUCUAAUUUAUCAUUUUGCUGUUCUCCGUUCACAGUUAUGGUUGGAUUGCUGUUCUGAAGUUGCAAGUUUUGUUUUUCACAUGUUUUGGUUAAACCUCAAUGAUUAUGAUGCUUUUGCUUGAAGAACAUCUAUUUUGAAGACACAAUGAGUGGAAUGAUAUGGAUUAAUGUUUUAGACAACUCUUUAAGUUGAGAUUUUUGUUUUUCAAGUCA